AUGGACAAUAUGAGCGAUGUGGACAGCAUGGACGCAGCGGAAGGGUCGCCAACUGGUGACAACAUGGUAGACGCAGAGGUCCAGGCGACAGAAUCAACAGGGAUGUGUGCAAACUGUUACUCCUUGGUCAAAGAACGGGAUGCACUCAGCGACGAGGUUUCCACACUGAGACGAAGGUGCAGGAGGCUGAAAGCAAAGCUGAAUACGUGCCAGGAUAUUGGGCAGAUGAGCGAAAAGAAGGUGACUUUCUACACAGGGCUCACAAAGGCAACAUUCUUGGCAGUGCUGGCAGCUGUGGUUGCUGCAUUACCACCUGCACGCAAAUGCCUUCCACACCCAAGCCAACUGCUGCUGUUUUUCAUGCGCCUGAGACUCGGUCUGCACAUAACAGACCUAGCCUACAGGUUUCAUGUGUCCGUCCCCACUGCUAGCCGGAUAUUCAAAGACUGGCUGGCCCCCAUGUCCUCAGUUUAUGCAACCUUGAACAUCUUUGCCUUGAUGUCCAGGCCCUUCAACCUGUCCACGCAGCAAGAAGUGUGGAGCAACUAUAAACAGGGCUCCACACUGAAGUUCCUCGUCUGUGUGAAUACACAUGGCGCAAUCACCUUCGUCUCUCCUGUUUAUGGUGGACGAAUUUCGGACAAGGAGAUAACUCUUCAGAGUGGGUUCCUAGGUAUGUUGCUACCAGGUGACCAGGUUCUAGCAGACCGGGGUUUCCUUCUCCAUGAGGAGUUUUUCCUGCGGGACGUGCAGCUGAUAACACCAGCUUUCACAAAAGGAAGAACGCAGUUGCUCCACAAUGAAGUUGAAAGUUCAAGACGAAUAUCGUCGUCAAGGAUAAUCGUGGAAAGGGCAAUUGGAUUUUGA